UAGAGGAUUUCGAGUCUCGGAAGCGACUUGUUUACAUGGAGGCUGAGAGGGUGUGUGACAGUGACAGCCUCUGACGGUCACACCUGGUACAAUUGGCAUCGAGUGUUGACAGGAACUGGCACGUGAAAUUUGCGUGUGAAUCCCAUAGAUAAUUAUAUACUUAUUUGUAUUUUCACUCCAGUUUUCAAGGACAGCAAAAAUGACAGAGGAAAUUUUAUCACUCAAGUGGAACAAUCAUCGUACAACGUUUCUUCAUGUCUUAUCAAAUGUUAGACUGAAGGAAUCAUAUUCUGAUGCAACAAUAACAUGUGAAGGAAAGUUCUACCCAAUUCACAAGCUGAUUGUGUCGUCCUGUAGCGACUACUUUGACAAGAUAUUUGAAGCAACUCACUGUAAACAUCCUGUCAUUAUUAUGAAGGACAUCCGAUACGAAGAUAUGGAGGCUCUCUUAAACUACAUGUACCUAGGUGAAGUUAAGGUCUUACAGAGGGAUCUACCAGGGUUACUACGAGCUGCUGAGUGUCUCAAAAUAAAAGGUCUGGCAGUACCUGAUGAAGCACCAAAGAAAGAGGAAUGUGAAGUUCCUGCUGCAGAAUGGGAUCAUGGACCACCAAGAAAACGAUCAAAAUUUGAUGAAUGUGUAGACAAUUCACAACUUCCGGAACCACUCAUUCCCCAGCCUGAAGAAACAGACUACUCAGUAUUAUAUCCCAAUCAAGAAAAUGGAGAUUCUAUAGAUAUUCAGGUACAGCCCUUUGUGGACCCUAUGAACAUUGUGAAAGAGGAAAUGAAAUAUGAAAAUGAGUCACAAGGCCAGUCAUUUGAUUCAACAGGAAUGGCACCUCUCCAACAAAUAAUACAGGAGCCGUUAAGACCAUGGAUUCAGCCUGAAAGCAGUCAAAGUAACCCAAGUUUUCCAACUGCUUUGCCAAAUUCUGUCCCUGAUCCUAAUAUGGUAAGGUAAAAAGUGGUGUUAAAAAAUUAUAUAUA